UAAACAGAGCUCAGAUCCAGCCAGAAAAUUAUAGACAGCAGGGGCUGUGUGUGGACCAGGACCGAUAAAGUAACUUGGGGAAGAUCAGGCUGUCCAUCCCAAGUGCUCCUCCUUUCUUUAUGCAAUUCUUCCUAGGACAUCAGAACUCCACACCUCACUUCCUUUCUUCCUGAACAUCCUGAGUCUGAAUUCCAGUUCUAGAUCAUUCUGAGGGAACUGCCCUUGCUGGAGUGCAAAGACCUUCCCUGAGAGGAGAGCCUUCAGAGAGGAGCCAUUACCAUCAGGUCAAGGUCACUACUGCUGAGCUUCUACUAGACAGAGCCAUGGCCUGGGCCGCUAGCUUUGAUGAAUUCUUUAAGAAUUUUAAGAGAGAAAGCAAACUCCUCUCUGAGGAAACCAUCACCUUGAUUAAAUUCCACAUUGAGAAAAAUGACCUCCAGGAAGCACUGUCUGUAAUCGACAGUGCACUGAGAGACAUCGAGAAUGCCACCCUGAACAUUGCUGUGACAGGGGAGACAGGGACAGGGAAGUCCACAUUCAUCAAUGCCCUCAGGGGGGUGGGGCAGGAAGAAGAAGGUGCAGCUGCCACUGGGGUGACAGAGACAACCAUGGAGAGAAAGCAGUAUGACCACCCCAAGUUUUCCCAGGUGAAAAUAUGGGACCUGCCUGGCAUUGGGUCCACUAACUUCCCACCACAAAGUUACUUAACAGAAAUGAAGUUUUCUGAGUAUGACUUCUUCAUUAUCGUCUCUGCUACACGCUUCAAAGAAAAUGAUGCACAACUAGCCAAAGCCAUCAAAGAGAUGAAGAUGAAUUUCUACUUUGUCCGAACCAAGACAGAUAAUGACUUAUAUAAUGAGCAGAAGAGUAAACCUAAAUCUUUCAAUAAGGAGAAAGUCAUGAUGAACAUCCGAGAAGACUGUUCAAGGCAUCUCCAGGACAUUCUCUCCAGUGAACCUCCAGUCUUCUUGGUCUCUAACUUCGAUAGGUCUGGCUAUGACUUCCCAGAGCUGGAAAUGAAACUCCUAAGGGAGCUCCCAGCCCAUAAGCGCCACAUCUUCAUGCUGUCCUUGCACAGUGUUACUGAGGCCGCCAUUAACCUCAAGAGAGAUUCCUUGAAGCAGAAAGUCCGGCUAGAGGCCAUGAAGGCUGGAAUAUUGGCCACCAUUCCACUUGGUGGCAUGAUCAGGGAUGAUAUAGAGAAUCUGGAUGAAACAUUCAACCUCUACAGGUCUUACUUUGGGCUGGAUGAUGCCUCAUUGGAAAAGAUUGCUGAAGAUUUUGACAUGUCUUUGAAUGAAUUCAAGGUGCACCUUCGGUUUCCCCAUUUGUUUGCAGAAGACAAUGAUGUGCCCUUAGGAGACAGAUUAGCAAAAUAUAUCAAACACAUUUCCUCUGUUACUGGUGGACCAGUUGCUACCUGCAUUUACUACAGAAAGACUUACUAUUUGCAGAAUCUCUUUCUGGAUACUGCUGCAAAUGAUGCUAUUGCUCUUCUUAAUAAGGAAGCUCUUUUUGAAAAGAAGUAUUAUCAACUGCUCCCAGCCAUGGGUCAGACCUCCUCUUCUACACCCCCUCAGAAGGAGGAUCCUGAUUUGACCUCCAGCCUUGACUCCAAUCUUCAAAAUUUCAAGAUGGAAACCAAAGUCCUGUCUCAGGAAUUAACCACCUUGAUUGGAUCAUACCUAGAGGAUGGAAACCUUCGGGGAACAGUUUCUGCAAUCAGCGAUGCUCUGAGUGACAUCGAGAAAGCCCCACUGAACAUUGCAGUGAUGGGGGAGACUGGGGCUGGAAAAUCCAGUCUCAUCAAUGCCCUAAGGGGCGUGGGGCCUGAUGAAGAGGGUGCGGCUGCUUCCACUGGAGUGACAUGCACAACCACUGAGAGGACAUCAUACCCAUACUCCAAGUUUCCCAGCGUGACACUAUGGGACCUACCUGGCAUUGGGUCCACUGCCUUCCAACCACAUGAUUAUCUAAAGAAAAUCAAGUUUGAAGAGUAUGACUUCUUCAUUAUUGUGUCUUCUGGACGCUUUAAACAUAAUGAUGCAGAACUAGCCAAAGCCAUUGUGCAAGUGAAUAGGAGUUUCUAUUUUGUGCGAACCCACACAGAUCAUGAUCUAAUCGUUCAAAAACAGUGUAGUCCUCGGAGAUUUAAUAGAGAGAACGUCUUAAAACAGAUACGAAAUUCCAUUUCAAGUAUACUUAAGGAAGUUACCCAGCAGGAGCCUCCAGUCUUCUUAGUUUCUAACUUUGAUGUGUCUGACUUUGACUUCCCAAAGCUGGAGACCACCCUUCUGAUGGAGCUCCCAGCCCACAAACGCCACCUCUUCAAGCUCGCUUUGCCAAUUGUUGCUCAUCCCACCAUAGACCAGAAGAGGGAUGCACUGAAACAGAAGGUCUGGAAGGAAUCAGUAAUGCCAAGAGCAUGGGCCACCAUACCAUUUAUGGGAUUGACCAAAAAUGACAUAGAGAAGUUGGAAGAGACUUUGAAUCUCUACAGGUCUUACUUUGGGCUGGAUGAUGCCUCACUGGAGAAUAUUGCCAAGGAUUUUAACGUGUCUGUGAAUGAAAUCAAGGCACAACUUAAGUCUCUCCAUUUGCUAACAAGGACCACAGACAUGUCCUUCGAGGAAAAAUUAUUGAAAUAUAUUGAAUAUAUUUCCUCUGUUACUGGGGGUCCACUUGCCACAGGCCUUUACUUUAGAAAGACUUACUAUUUGAAAAGUCUCUUCAUUGAUACCGUGUCAAGUGAUGCCAAGACUCUUCUCAAUAAGGAGGAGUUUUUAUCACAGAAGCUGGGGUCAUGUGUGUCUGAUGACCCAGAGUACUGGGAUGCGGUUAUGGAGCUAUGAGGCAUGUACCUUCCAGAUGGCUUUGGGCACUGACUUACAGCCUACUUUGAAGUAGCAAUCAUUUUCAGUGAAAGACCAGAGGAUUCACCAUCCCUUUCCUCUUUCAGAGACAGACUGUCACUGCAGCAAGUAGAAGAAGAGUCAUCAACAGUGUAAAAACACAUGAGAACAGCUGUCUCCCAUUAAAACACCAUGUAUGAGAAUACAUGGUUGUAAACAUAUGACUUACAAUAUCUUUGUCCAGUUAAACUUGGAUCUUUUGUCUCACGGAGAUUCUCCAGGCAUUGACACACUCUCCUAAGAUGAAGAAGUUAGUUCCUGCCUUGGUGGAUAUCUUUUGAUGUUUAUGAAGUACAGGGGGCUGGUUCCCAGCCCACAUCUCCACAUGAAGUGGUAUCUCCUGGACAUGAUAGACACAUGCUAGAUAAGAUUAUGACCACUGUUCAUUCUCCCUCCAGGAUGGAUUCAAGAGACACAUGGUAGAUGGGACUGUGACCACUGCCCAUGAUCCCUCCAGGUAACGCCUGUGUGGGUGAACACAUCUGCAGGUCCUCUCAAUUCUUGAAAACAAGGAUAUUUUAUUCCAUAUCCUUCAUCAGUCAACCUGAAUGAAUUCAAAUUUCAGGUUGUAGGCAGCACAAGUGAUGAUUAAAUUGUCUUUCCUUGUGGUAAGAUCACUCCAAAACACUACCUUACUGUUUCAUGUCCAGUGGGGAUGUUGGUACUUUCCUUCACUUGAGAGGGGUCAGCAUGUGAAGUUAUAGACAGCUUAUUUGUCCACAGCAUCCUAUUGAGAACUGGUAUCACUUUUGGACAUCUAAUAUCACUUUUUGCUAAAAUUCCAGUGUUGCUUUCUGUAUGUAUAGCUGCCCUUCUAGAAGGUGGAUAAAGAGUCAUGCAUGGGAUUCCAUGUGCAGAAAGCAAGCGUGGACAUUUUAGCUCUGCCUUGGUGUUCUUCAGAGAACAGGAAGCAAUAUAUCAUAUCCAUAUCUCCUUAUAAUUAUGUUUGGAUCUAUAUAGCAUUUGUAUUAAUUCCUUUUAUGUCACCGUGUCCUAAACACCUGACAGAAACUACUUAAGAGAAGAAAGUUUUAAUCUGGCUCACGUUUUGGAGCCCUGCGCUCUGUCAUAUGGAAGGGGCCUGGUGAGAGAAAGAACUCGCUGUAGGCGAAGGCUGGGAGCGAGGUGGCAGAAAGAGCUAGGUGACAACAAGGAGCAGGAGUAACAAGUCCUGGCCUGGUGACCUAACACCUAAAGGCUCAGCCACAUUCACAACUGUUUGCCAUGCUGGGGACCAGGUGUUUAACACAAGAGCAUGUGGUGGUCUUCAAACCACAGCACUGUCCUUCCAUAACUUAGCAUGUCUCUGUCCUCAACUUCCUCUCCUCCUUUCUCUUCCUCUUUCCCUCAUCUCCCUCUUUCUUUUCCUCUUUUUCCUUCUCCUCUUCUUCUCCCUGGCUUCUCUCUCUGCUUCUCUCCCUGCCCCUGUCUCUCACUGGCUCAAUCUGCUGUGUGCCUUGGCAAGCACAUUAUCACCAGGGCAGCCUUGCAGCCUGGAAAUCCUUGGAAAAGUUGAUAGUGCAGCUUCUGUCCAAACAGUAAUAAUUGUUUCCUGUCCUUCCCAGGAGUGUCAAAGUUUGCUUUGGUUUUUUUUUUUGUUUACCUGUAAGGUCUUCAAUUGGUUAGACAGGGGCAUUUACAGUAGAGGAGGGUCAUCCGAAGUAGUCAAAGCCUCAUGGUUUAAAAUAUAAUCUCAUCUACAAAUUACUUUAACCCAAACAUCUAUACUGGUGUGUUGCUUGCUCUGCAGCUGGGGUCCCACUGUCUCUGAUCGUGGGGGAGGGGGUCAAAGACACAGAACCCAAUGACACAGGCUCUUGGAGUUUGUAAGCAAUCUCGCUUAUUAAACAAAGGACUGAGGUAUUUAUGUGUGUACCUUUGGCCGGCUCUGCUUCCAGCUGCUGUGGUAUUUCCUGGUUGGCUCUGAGUCAUAUGUCAACAGUGGUCAUCUUGAGGGUCCAGUUUCAGGUUCCUCUGGGUCCAGAUACUACUGCACAUGUCGGAGCUCUUUGUUACCUUAAGGCAUGACCCAGUGCUCUAGGCCUUAUCUGCCUCACCAGUGUUCAGGAAUUACUUGGGUACUGCCUUAGUUAGGGUGUCUAUUGCUGCAAAGACACACCUUGAAACCGGCAACUCUAAUAAAGGAAAAAAUUUACUUGGGACUAGGUUACAGUUCAGAGGUUUCAUCCAUUAUCAUCCUGAUAGGUGGCAUGCAGGCAGUCCUGGUGCUGGAAAAGGAGCUGAGAGUUCUGCACCUUGAUCCACAGUCAGUAGAAGGAGUCUGUGUUCCACACUGGGCAUAACUUGAGAGUAGGAGACAUGAAAGCCUGCCCGCCACAGUGACACACUUUCUCUAACAAAGCCGCACUUCCUCACAGUGCUACUCCCUAAGGAGGCCAUUUUAUUUCAGACCGCCACAGGUACCAUCACCUAGACAAGAUAAUAUGUAAAAUUAAUUUCUUCAAGCCCCAUAAUUAUCCUAACCCACUGUAUACCAGCAUAUAUAUGCAAAUAUAUAUAGUUAAAAAAUUCUAGUUACAAUUGUACUUACUUGUAGAUACAGUGUGACAAUGUGACUCAAAUAAAAAAUACAUAAUUAUCAAAUUUUGAGAGACUGCUCAGCAGUUAAGAGCACUGACUGCUCUUCCAGAGGACCUGGAUUCAAUUGCCAGCAUUCACAUUGCAACUCAUAACUGACUGUAACUCCAGCUCCAGGGCAUCUGACACCCUCAGAGAGACAUGCAUGCAAGCAAAACACCAAUGAACAUGGAAUAAAAAUAAAUAAAUCUUUUUUAAAGUCUGAGGAAUCAGACUUUAAUAUGGAAAUAUUCUUACUCGUAUUAAAAUUAUUGUUACUAACUGAUAAUAAUUGCCACUAUUAAUAAGUACAUGUAUACAGUACAUGCUGACCAAUUGAGGAUACAUUUAUCAUUUUACUGUCCUUGUCCAGUCUCUGGGGCAUCUGAGCGUCUCUGUUGUGCUCAUUCAUAAAGAGCAUCACAGGUUAUUUUAAAGAAGAAUCUCUGUGCUGUGUUGCAGCACACCGCAGCCUACUCCUUCCAUUUAACCCUUUUGGGACCUGUUAUCCAAACUCUCUCUGCUCCUCUCUUCACCUUUCCAGCUUCUAGGAAUCACUAUUCUACAGUCACAUCAACCACUGGAGUGUACCACUUCACGUGUGUAGUAUUCACAAGUAAUUCCUACUCUUUCUGACUCAUUGUCCUCUGUGACACCACCUACUGAGCAGUCUGCUCCUGGUGACCACUUACCUGCCUCUGUGUCAUGGAGAACACCCAGGGCCCAGUCUCAAGGAGGCUUUAAUCUAUUUCUGUGUGGUUCAACACUGACAGUCACAGUGGGAAGCCAUUACUGUAGUGUAUGAAGCAAGGGAAGCUCUCAGUAGAGAAGUCCAUUAUGAACAGGAGGCUUCUUGUCAUGUACAUGGGAAGUGUUUCUAUACAUCACAGGUUUGUGUGUGAUGGUUUAUAUGGACUGUCAGCAUGACAGGAUCUAGAGUCGCCUUGGAGACAAAUCUCUGGGAAUGUCUGUAAGGGAUUAUCUGAUUAUGUGAAUCAAGAUGGGAAGACCCACCAUAAAUGUGGGCAGCACCAUUCCCUACGCCAGAGCCUUGGACUGCAUAAAAUAGAGAAAGCCAGCUGAGCGCCAGCUUUCAUCUCUCUCUGCUCCCUGACUGCAGGUGCCAUGUGAUCAGCUGCCUCCCCCAUCACAACAGACUGUAGUCUUGUUCUGUGAACCUGAAUAAACUCCUUCCCUCUUCAA